GGCACGCGCGACGGGGGGACGAACAUAGGCUCUCGAAGUGCGAAGAGUAACGAGAAUCGUGCUCUGGAUAUUCGAUAUCGGAUCGUCUGAUCGAGCCUCUCCCGCGGUUCCCGCGUUACGGAUCUCCGUUCUCCAUUCCGUGUACAACAGAAACUCGAAGUAGAGCUCAUAAGUGGCUCUCUCGAUGACCCUAGUCGCACUUAUCGCACGCGAAAUGACAUUUACCCGUUCCGUUUGUUUAUUCAACGUGAAAUUCAACGCGGGAGUAGGUCUGCAGUGAUAUAAAGGAAGGAGGGGCGAUAUUACAGAAGUGUUGAAACGUGGUGAAAUAAGAAAUCAUCGAAAAUGAGUUGCAUAUCGCAGUGCGCAAAGUACUUUCUCUGCUUUUUCAACUUUAUUUUCUUUAUCGCCGGAGGAGCGGCACUGACCGUCGGUAUCUGGCUAUUCGCCGACAGAAGCUCGUUCACCAAUCUCAUCGGGAAACUCGAUCAAUCCGACUUUUUGAACAAGACGGACGCGGAUGUCAUCAAGAUGAUGGCCUACAUUCUUAUCAUCGCCGGUGCUCUCACAUUCAUUAUCAGCUUCCUUGGAUAUUGCGGGGCUAUGUUCGAAUCCAGGUGUCUUCUUUGCGUCUACGGCAUUCUAAUCUUGCUGGUUUUAGUCCUGGAGUGUGUGGUAGUUGGUCUCGCUUUCGGACUUAAAGGAGACGUCGAGAAAGGUAUGCAAGAUUUCUUGAAGUCGACCAUCGUCAAGUAUUACGCUACCGGCGAUAAAACUGAUACGGUGACAGUCGCGUGGGACGGUAUCAUGAGUGAGCUCCAUUGUUGCGGCGCGGAAAAUUAUUUAGACUUCCGCGAAAAUACGAAUUGGACCUCAAAGUUCCCCGGAAAGACGGUCCCCGAAGCCUGCUGUAUAAAAGAAAACUAUGUUCUGAAGGAUCCUUCGUGUCCAAUUACUCCCACCGUGUCGAAUUCGUAUUAUCAAACGGGUUGCUACAAGGCCAUAAUAACUACCAUCGAGGAGAAUGCCGCGAUAGUGAUCGGUGUGGCCGCUACUCUGGUCUUCGUUGAGAUUCUGGUCAUAAUUCUGGCGCUGUACCUAGCCUGCUGCUACUGGCGUCCACAACAUGUUUAUCGAUGCGUAGAACCUUCUGGCAAGGAGUAACCUCGAGAGCAGAAUGUGCUAAGCUUUCUGCCAGCAGUUCUUUUUCCUUUAAGGACUUCGCGAAUAUACCUCGACUGUGUUUGUACGUGUAUAUAUACAAUAUACGUAUAUAACACAUAAAGUGUAUCUAUGUAUGUAUGUAUGCAUAUGUAUAUAUACAUAUACAUGUGUAUGCAUAUAUAUGUACAUAUAUACAUAUAUAUUCAUAUAUGUACGUACAUGCUUUCGCGUACUUUCCAAUGCAAUGGCGACGCAAACUUGAAUUCGGUGGCAUCGCACCGCAUCGUGCGCUUCAACCGCAUUCAGUCUCAGAUCUAUAACGUAUAAUGAGAAUCGAAGGGUUGCGGAUCGAGAGCGAUUUAAUGAUUUUAAUGUUAUACCUAUAAUGGGAGUGAUCGCUGAUUGCGACAUCCGAUGGUUGAUCAUAAUCGCUUACUGCUCGCUAACUCUUCGAUUGCUCGCACGUUAAUGUACGAAUUUUAACGGAAAUCACGUUGAGCGGAAAGGGAUUUUUCAUGACUCUUGCCAACACGAGAGUGUUGGCCUUUAGAGUUUGCAUGUGCCAAAUUAUCGCGUGGUCAAUCGCGGAACUGCGAACGGCUGUCAAGCGCUUUACCUCGGCGUUAAAAUGCCAACGUAUCAAAUGCAUUCGCUUUCACCGAGAUUAUUAAACGUGAAAUGCAUGUCAUACAUGGAUAUUGCGAGUAAAUCGUUCAACGCGUGGAGAAUUUCUUUUUUCAAUUAUCUAAAAAUGAGGCAAUCUGAUCUAAAUGGGAAAAAAAAUAAAUAUAUAUUUUUGACAUGAAAAUACUUAGAAAUUUGUUUACAUCGCACGCGCGUUGUUAAUAUAAUACCCGUUUUCAUCCGCUCAACGCUCGCUUGAACGAUUUGUGUAUGAAUACUUAUACUCAAUAUUUCGUCAUUGCCUUGCAACGUGCUACUCAAAAUGCUUUCAACUCGGGCGAGAUGACCAAUAAUGUACAUAUCGUACCGGAAUACUCUUCGCUAAUAACUUUAACGUCCAGAUUCUCACACGAAGAACGUGAAAUGAAAGAGAUAGCUAAAUGCAAGAUUCGCGGUGAUAAUGUUUUAAUUGUUUGCAUCGAUUACGAUCACUUUUCGAGCAGCUUUGCUUUCUCUGAUUUUUUAACGUUCGUUCGAUCGCACAGUUACUUUCAAUAUUUCGCAUUCCGUCAUGUCGAAUCAAUACGAGGAAAAACUGUCGUAUGAUUUUCCGUAGUGUUAUAAAAUGACCGAAGCCGAUCGGUAGUGAAAGUGUUGUUGAGUGCAGCACAAUUUCACGUUCGGGUCCUCAACGGCGAGGCGAAUGCCUCGUCACGGGUGCGAAGAGAUUACGAUGUUACACAUGCGCGUAUCCAUCUGAAUUGAUCACAAUCCAUCCUAUUAAAGUAGAACCCUUUCUCAAUUGGAAGGCAUUGACAAAUGGACGUUCUUUUAGCUUGUGUAGACGUAUCGUCGAGACAGGCCUGGUGAGGUGCUGAAGUAAGGAUGAUGAUUUUGAUGGGGUUUGCUUUCAAGUAAGACGGAGGUGAAGUUGUCAGUUGACAGCCGAUCCCUUCCUUGCUGCUGCUUCGCGCCGCAGCAUCUAGAUCUAUCAUCCAUUCUAUUCUACAAGCGUUCUUUUAUGAAUUCUAUGAGGCAUGGUAGCUUUGCUCUCCACCCUUGCAUGGCCAUGCUGUUGCAUAUUAUUUGAUAAAGACAAAAAGUCAGAUGUACGAAAGCGGAAAGAAAGAGGGAGAGAGGCCUGAUUGCAUCAUUAUGUGGACGCAACCUGUAAUAGGUGCAGAGCGAUUGUUGUGACCGAUUAGAUUUAUUUUGGGCAGGAUAUUUCAUAUGAAAUAGUAUCACGGAGUAGACGGUAUUUUGUGAUAAUGAAAAUUAUAAGUAUGCAUUAAUUAUACGAUCGUUAAUCAAAAAGUUAUUUUUAUUAUUUUAAUAUCUAAAGUGUCUCUCGCUAAGUAGAUAUUUCUUUGAAUUGCGACUAAUUUUAAGCCAAGCUUUUCCUUAAUGGAGAACCGAAAUUCAUCACAACCUUUUAAUUUUUAAAGCGAUGUAAAAUUCUAUAAAUACGUUUUAUAUUUGAAAUUAAUUCUAACUUUGCCAUGAUGUUUUGAUCUCUCGGCGUCUUUACGAAAGAAAAAUUAAUUGAAAUUUGUUCAAAGAAGGCGUCGUUCAAAGGAAAUGUGUUCAGCGAGAAACACUUUGUACAGUAUAUUAUCGAUGACAGAUUAUUAAUCCUUGCAUAGAGUGAUUAAAAGAGAUAAAUGAUUAAAGAAUAAAGUAUGCAAAUGAAAGAAAAAUGUGAAGUAGAGCGUAACUAGACUUUUAAAUAUGUGCAAUUGUUAUUUCAUGUUACUAAAGGAUGUUAUAAUUAUUAUAAUUAGACAUUUUUCGAAUAUUACAAGAGUAAACAUGUUGUUUAUCAAUCGUUUACGAAUUAGUUACAAAGCAAUAACUAUGAUUGCUCCAAUAGACGAUGCCAAAAUUUAGAAAAUAUAUGAGUCAUUAAUCAAAACGUUCCAUCCAUAAAGCAUUUUCGUGAUUUGACUAGUAAUCGAGUUUAACAUUAAAUAUAUAUAUAUGCGCAGAGAAUUUUCUUCUCUAGCGUUGUGAUUCUAUAAGGAGCGGAACGAUAAAUUUUCGAAUGUGUUUGUCAUGCCAAACAAGUAUGCAAUUGGGCCUAAAAGUUUCAUUUAAGCUUAGCGUAACUUCAUUUUGUUUCACGGUGUUUAUUCAUACUCCGAACAGCUAUCGGCACGCGUUAUUAGACACACGUGACGAAAUUCUACUCAGAAUUGUUGGUACACGCAAGUAACACAACAUUUAACUAUUUCCUUUCUUCCUUCUCAUUAGUUAGAGUAGCUUAGUCAGCAAUCUAUUGUCUCAAUGUUGCAAACGCUAUACGGUACCUAACAGAUACAUCACAGAUCGCGGGAUGAGGUAUCUCAUUCGUGUUUAUAUGUAAAGAACACAAAAAAAUGCAUUAUUGUAAAAUGGGACAACGUACAAUUUCGAGAAGAAGUCCAUAUUACCUUCAUAAGAAAUCGAUAAUAUGUAUGUUAGUGUACUUUCAAUGUUUAACACACACUGCUGUAUACGCAAGUCCUGUACGUAUGCGCACCGACACACGCAGAGGGCCAAAGCCAAAAUGGAACAAUCCACAUCCCUUCCAAAAAAAAAAA